AUGUCUACCACCUCUGUCGUGCACAUCUACUCCAUCAGCGCCGGGUCCAGCGUCGACCUCGCUGCUUCUGCUACCACGGGCGACAUUGUCACUUUCAUCUCCUCAGCGCUCAACCUCAACGUGAGCGCAGGAUCCCCUAACAACAGCUCGCUCAACCUACUCGCCGAAAAUGGCGCAUAUCUCCUCCAUAUCGCUUUCCGCCUCGGAGAAAAUGUAAUCGUCUUCAACAGUCGCCAGCCUGACGCGCCCUGGCUCGUCGAGCAACGAGUGUCCAACGUCGCAAAUCAAUUCACCGGGCUCGAUGGGAAGGCCAUGGUUACGGUGUUCGACCACGGGGACAAGUAUCAGGUGGUGAUAAAUGAGACGACGGUGAUUCAGUACGUCAAACAAAUCACCAGUCCGACAAAGACCCUCUCCUAUCAAGGAGGGGAAGGCACUUCCAUAUUCUCCCCGGAGAUCGAAGCGGUGACCUACACGAGCCUGGCGGCGAACCUGCCUACUAGCUUGGGGUAA